GUUCCCUCUUUUCUAAACACGUUCUCGGUAUCUUACCCACCCCGCCCAUCAGAAGGGAAUGGAUAGCUUUGGAAAGUAACCUACAGUGAAACCCCUCACACCCUAUCUGUAAACAUAUUGAGGUCAGUAAUAUGAACACGCGGGGUGAUAACUGUGAACCGCACAGGCCCGCUCAUCCCGGGAUUUUCACAAUGUGCGAGGCCGGGAAGAGCGACCACCACUCGGCAGAAUACUGCGUGGACUUCCCUGUAUCGGUGGUUCUUCCUGCCGGAGGCACCGGAGAAAGAACGGGACUACAGACACCAAAACAGUUCUGCACGUUUCUUGGCAGACCGCUCAUAAGCUACACUAUUCAGGCUUUCGAGAGUGUGCCAUGGAUCCAAAGCAUUGUGGUUGCUGUUGCCAAAGAAAACAUGGACCUGAUGAUGGACAUCAUCCAGCGGUUUAAGCACAGAAAGGUUCGUGCGGUGCCAGGAGGCUCGACACGUCACAGGUCGAUAUGUAAUGGAGUCCUGGCUCUGGGUGAGGAGGAGAGGCCAGCAGUAGGCAGACCGAAGGUUGUCAUCAUACAUGAUGCUGUUCGGCCUUUUGUGGAGGAGGAUUUUCUGUGCAAGAUAGCAAUGGCUGCCAAGGAACAAGGGGCAGCGGGAGCUAUCCGACCUCUUGUUUCCACAGUGAUCGCCACCACAUCCGAGGGCUACCUAGACCAUUCUCUGGAGAGAGCCAAGUACAGAGCCAGCGAGAUGCCUCAAGGAUUUACAUAUGAUGUCAUCUCUCAGGCCUAUCAGAGGUGCAGUGAGUCAGACUUCGAGUUUGGCACAGAGUGUCUCCAUCUGGCUCUGCAGUACUGUGGCACCAAUGCCAAGCUCAUUGAGGGUCCGCCAACUCUGUGGAAGGUGACCUACAAACGGGAUUUGGCUGCUGCAGAGUCCAUUAUCAAAGAGACUUUAUCACGAUCAGCAUGUGUUAUCACAGGUGGAUUGGCAGAAGCUGUGAACCUGGCAGAUGCUCUUCGGAAGGCUGUUGGAGCUCUGGAUAUGGAGUUGGACAUCGUCCCAGAUCUAAUGGGAGACAACGCCAGGUGUCUGUUAAAGGAGUGGAACUUCAUCCAGGUUUCUGUCAGUCACUCAUGCUUGUCUGAAGUGGAGGCGAUACUUGUGGCUUUAGAGGCAGAAAAUCGAGCUCUUCUCCACCCGGUGGUUGUUAUUUGGGUGCAUUUCAGCAGGACUGAUGAGCUCCCUGUCAGCGAGAGAGCACCCACGGCAAUCAUGGAGUUGGCCUCAACAGCCAAGCACAGAAAUAUUCUCAUCUAUGGCAUCCAGCUUAAACAGUCAAAGCACUGGGAGAGGUCAGCGUCGCGGGUCGCCGAGAUCGCGUCAGCCUUAAUUCGGGAGAGGAGCCCUGCCCUGGUGGGACAGCUUCUGCAGGCAUGAAGGAAUCAGCACAACCGGAAAAUCCCCACGCUGUGACUCAUGAACACUCCUGGGAUGAGAUCGUCUGAGACUUUUCUUUUCUUUUUAACCUUGAAUCAAUUACUGUAAGGUUAAAUGUGUAAGUGUAUAGACCAUCAAGAAGCAGACUGAAAAAGAGACUUUUUUCUCUGUUGUUGGCCUGUUUAUGUGUGUGUGUGCAUGUGUAUAUCAAAAAAAUAUAUAUUGUGGUUCAUCAUAGUAAAAAAGAACCAUGUCAUCAGUUGGCUUAUUUUUUAUUUUCCAGAGUUUGUGUCCCCCAGACAAACAGUGUCGCUCUGUCGCACUGACGAUGAAGAUAUGUGGCGCUUUGGCUGCAGAUGAUUCUUGUUGUCGGAUCAGUUCAGUUCUGGUUUUUAAUCGCUUUAAGAGUUAUUUUGCUGCGGUUGUCACAGAUGUGCAAUAACAGGCCACAUCACUUUGAAUUAUUACUGUGGAAAUGUGAACUGCAGCGCGUAUGCCAAAAAAACUGGGUGUCAAAUUCGCUGCUUUUACCACUGGAUGAAGCUUUUUAUGACUGAAACAUGAACACGGAGCUGCUAAUAUUUUUGUACUUGAAUA